CUGGCCUGUUUUCACUGGUAUGCUGUGUUCUCAAUAAUAAAAAAAAGAAAAACACUCAAAUUUUCUGACUUUAAAAUAUGUUUUGCUGCAAAUUCAAAUAUAUUAUUUUCACUACUUUCUUCUGUCACUACUAUUACUGUAGCUAGCCAAUUAAAUCAUAGUAUCCAUUGGGCGCCCCCCAGUGGUGAAUUGCACUUUGUAACGAUGAUGAGACUCGCAGCCGUAGAUUCACUGUCUGCAUCUGAGCGAGGUGAGUGGCAACUUCGGCACAACCGGAUCAACAAGCGUGAAAGAACUACCACAGGACUAACACUGUUUUUGAGUUUUCUCUUCACCCUUUAUGGAUUCCACUAAGCUGUUUAUACAUCAUGGUGCCUCCUGAUAAAAGCUCCAAACAACCUAAGGUGCCCAGGCAGCCCACCAAGUGGAGACAGAGCCUGCCCUCGCCGGCUCUGUGCUGCGCGUGUGGUCUGUGUAUCUUGUUGGCUGGCAUUAACAUCACUUUGGUGGGGGCCUUCGCCUUUGGCACCUUCAUGCCCUCGGGUAACCCACCUAUCAUCAUCGGACCUCUGCUUUUAUUACUGGCCCUGGGCUUCUUUACUGGCUGUUGCGUGGUCAGCAGGAGGCCCCCAGCCCACACCACUAACCAAGCCAAGGGGGGAGAAAAGUGGGGGCUGAUGCGAAUGGGGACUGUGGCCUUUGAGAUGGAGACCAGUGAGCACACACUGCAGGACACUACAGCUGUCCAGCUUAGUCCAACUAACUCUCCGGCCUCCUCUCACAAGUCUAACUCCAGCCAGGGGACCAACAGUGUCCCCCUCCCCUGUCAGGGUGGUGUCAGUCUACACGUGGCUCUAGGUGAGAGCAUAGAGGGAACUUGACCUCCAGGUGACAUCAUGAAGCACUACAGGAUGGACAUGUAUCUUCUGUUGUCUUUCAUCUCUGAAGAUGUAAAUAACAAUUUGUUGCACAGUUUGUGUGGUCACUGUUGCACAGUCAAGCAGAAUUAUUCUUAUUAUCUUAGUUUAAUAUUUGAUAUUGUUUUGUCUUGGCAUGAAAUCUAAUGAAUGUACAGUGCUUUCAGUAUCUAAACUUGGUUUUACAAAUGUAAUUUUCAUUCCCUAUGCUGCUCAGGCACGAUUUAAUCAUUAACAGAUUCAAAGACAGAGUUUAUUGGUAUAAGGUGAAGUAAAAAAGGAGAUAGGCUAUUCUUAUCUGAGAACCACCAGCCACUGCAAUGCAAACAUGCUCCUUCUACAUGUUUCCAUCUGACUUGGCAUAGAGGCCAGCCCACUGUUUACAUGUGCUGUGCAAAAACAGUAUUGUGUUCCACCAGUUACACUGAUGCUAGUUCUGUUAUGUUACUGUAUUACAGUUUACUGUCUCUUUGUGCCUGUGGCUUCAUGAAUGAUUGCAUUGAGAUUCAUAAAAGUCAUGACUAAUGUGUGUAAAAAAAAAAAAAAAGAAAAAAGAAUGAGAUGUCUUGGCAACCUGGGCUAAUUUAAAACUAACUAGUAACAAGGUCAUGCUGCU